CUCAGCAUGGACCAUGUUGAUCAUGUUUUUACCAGCUUUAUUGGAGAAGGAAUCAUCAAAGAUGAUAUCCUAGGCAUGAUGGAGCAGUUUGAUUUGAUUGCUAAGUUCUCUGUUUCUCCAAUUAAUUUGAAGUACUUUGUACCAGCUCAGCUGAAGUCAUCACCUGACAAACUCUUAAAAUUGAAGCCAUCAUCAACUGAUCCAUGUCCAAUGUAUCUCCUCUUCGUGCAUGGCUUUGUCCCUCAUGGUCUGUUCUUACAACUUGUUGCACGACCCAUUCAAUGGUGUGCUGAAACAUGGCCGCACAUGCAUCAACCUACUCUGUACCAAAAUGGAGCUCGGUUCAUCAUUGGGAAAAAUGUUCACGAUUUUGCCCUUAUUUGCAAAAUAGGAUUCGUUAAGAUAACCUUGCGCCAAAAGGUGCAAAGUAAUCAGGUUGUAGGACAGAACUCCGUCGAAUUAGCAACUGUUGUUCGUGAAUUUAUCGAAGACACAAUGCAGAAUUUAUCACAAGAAAUAUGCCAUACCUAAGGGGUCUGCGGUAUAGGCUGUGUGUUGCAUGUCCUUACUGCCAUCAAGGAGGAGAAGACCCAAGUCGUGCAUGCUCAGACCACGUGAAAACCACUUGCACACACGAAGACUGCUUCCAUCUCAUUGAUGCAAAUGAAGGUCGAGCAGCUUUCUGUACCAGAGAAAUUUGGGAUGAUAUACGUCCGAUCUGUGGGCUGGAAAAGUGGUUCGUGAAAAGAACAAGCCAGGGGUCUUGGUCUUCAAAUGUCAUCGCCAAAUCACAAGAUGCAGCAGCUGGAGUUGAUCCAAUGAAGUCUGACACAGCACUGAAGGCGACUCUCCUGGGUAGUGAGGGGAGUUCAUCGAUGAGAGGCUUGUCCACCAUAAACAGACAGUCUGCCAUUUUGUUGGCCAAACAUUCGCAAGUUGACGUCACUCUCCUUGUUCCGCAGUUUGCCUGUUCUGAAGAAGAGAAGAGAAUGUUAUCGAGUCACAGUGUAUCCUUGAGAGAGGCACAAAGACGCCCGGGCUAUGCCGACCCCCUUGACUGGCUGAGUGCCCCACCGAGGGAUCUGGCCAUUGACAUAGUACUGGGUCAUGGAGCAAAGCUUGGCAAACAAGCUCAAUUUAUUAGAGAAUCGUACCAGUGCACGUGGAUACAGGUGGUGCAUACUGUACCUGAAGAACUUGGAAUGUAUAAAGGCUAUCCUCUGGCCAUUUGUAAAGAUGAAGAGAAGAAUACAACUGAAGUGGAGUUGUGUGAGUUGGCAGAUGCUGUGGUAGCAGUUGGACCAAAGUUGACGACGGCUUACUCUUCCUACCUGCGCUCAUGUGAGAAGCACCAAGAGAUCAUUCAACUGACGCCAAGCACGUUGGAUGAUUGUUCCGACUUAAAACGAGCUGCAGUUGACAUGGACAAGUUUAAGGUCCUAACAUUUGGCCGGGGUGAUCCAGUGGACUUUAGCCUGAAAGGCUACGAUAUCUCUGCCAGAGCCAUAGCUAAACUGAACGACAGAUCUUACCAUCUGAUUCUCGUAGGUGCACCUGACGGUAAACAGGAUGAGGCUGCAGCGAAUCUGCUGAAGAGUGGAAUUGAUAAAAGCCAGCUGACUGUGUAGAAGUUCGUGCAGAGCAAAAAGAAAUUGAAAAAAUUAUUUUGUGAAGUUGAUCUCUGCAUGAUGCCCUC